UACUGCCAACGGGUCUAUGUUCCUACCAGCGUUAGGCUUGAUGCUGCAGAAGGUGUUGUCUAUUUCCAAAGCUACUACAGACGAGCAAAAAAGCCACGACUUUUCUCUUUGUGUCCAAUGCCCUCUUUGAAAUGGCGCCAUAUCCAUAUCAACCACAAAACGCUGUCUAUUAUAACGAGCCAAAAGUAUCCGGGAAAUACCUACAGAGAACAGGUUGAGGUUUUUCACCGCGUUUUUAACUUGUAUACGUUUGGAUACAGUUCCGUCGAUGAUAUUGUUAACGAUCGUGAAAUAAAGCUAAACUGCACUGCCCAAAGCGAUGGACAUGGUAUCACACUACAGUUUGUCAGACGAAAGGCUACUUCCGGUAAUACAAAGGCACUACUACAACUAGACGACUUCAAUCUCGUGGAAGUAGGUGAGUAUUUUCACCCAAUUACUGUUGAUCCUGGGCGGAAUGAAAUUUUUACAGCUGCGGUUGGCUUCAACAAUGUUAAUCACGAGAUACGCAGUUGCAGCAAAAGUGAAAGAGCCAACUUUGCGGGCUACACGAGGAGAAGCACUUAUUUGAAGAAAUUAAAAGAAAGGAAAGGAAUAACGUCCAUUGAGUCGUCGCUGCCUUCACCGAAGGUCGUGUCCAAAGAGGCCUAUAUUGUGUACUUGGAAUACACAUUGCAACAUCUGCAUACACUAUUUGACUUCUACAGCUUCAAAUCGGCCCAGUUCAACUUCAACAAUUACCAAGGCAAACAACGGGCAAAUGCUGAGGUAGCUAAUGUGCUAAUUGACGGCGGUCGCAAGUAUAAUAGGAGGAAAAGAAAACAUACAAACAGAAACAAGAAAAGGAAACGACGACUGAAGAAUGGCCAGAAGAAGACAAUUAGAAGCAAAGUUAAAAAGACAAAACGGGAGCGUAUGGAAGCUCAAGAAGAAAAAAAGAAAAAAACGAUAAAAGAGGAGCCGAAGAGAAAAGAAGACGUUGACUUAUGCAGAUACAAGGAAGAUGGACGGAGAAUCUGGCAUCAAGAGCAGUUUAUGGACAAAAGGCUAGUCAUUCCUCUUGUUGUGUUCGGGACGGGGAUGUCGGGAAAGGACAAAUCUCUGGUGUCACAGGUGUCCUCUAUAAAAUCUUAUUAAAAAGGCAGAAGCAACAACUUGUUGCGGUAGUCGACAUUGAUGAAUAUUGCACGUCGCAGGUCUGCAACAACUGUUUGCUCAAAAAUAUGGAAAGUGUAAAGAUCGGUGCUGGUUCACGUUGUUACAGUACGAAAGUUUGUAAACACUGCCACAUACUUUGGCAACGUGAUAUAAAUGCUUCAAAGAAUAUGAUGACUAUUGCCACUUCAGUUUGGGCAGGUCAUGGAAGACCCUCACAGUUUACCCC